AUGGCCACAACCCCAUCACUGCAAAACAACCUCGGUUUCCGUCGAGUAUUGCAGAUGGUGAAGCCACACAGCUUAGAAGACACCGUUGAACAGGUCUGGCAGGCAAUAGUGAUCAGCUGGUUUCCCUCUCGUGAAGGCUACAUAUGGAGCUUCAAAGGUCCAGCGCUCGUUCAGAAUGAUAUACCCAAUUUUAGCCUGAUUCAAGUUAUGAAAGUAUCACCGAAUCGUGAAGAACCAGAGGGAUGGUCCGAGCACCUGAUCUUGCUAAUUGAAUGCAAGCGUCCAUCCAGCGACGUUCCAUUGUCGUGGGACAACACAAUUAGUACCGAGUGCCAUCAUGUUCUCUCCCAAAACAAUAAUGAUUCCGGGCAGCUGUUUGGGAUAGUUGCGAUUGGCACGAAGUCGAGGUUCUACCGAUUCGGUGGCCAAGCAUCAUCUGAUCAGUUGGCUCAACUUCACCAGGGCACCUUCGAUAUGAGCGAGCCCACCGGUAUAGCACAGGCCGAGAGCAUGAUGGACUAUAUCAAGGCAAAUGCCUGA